AUGAAAAAAAAUGUGAAGACAGUAGAAAGGAGGAGUGGUAAGGAUGAAAAAAAAAAUACAAGUAAAAAGCGAAAUACUUCGAAAGAUCAUGGUCAUAAUAAAUUAAAAAAUAAUGCCAAAGAAAAUGAAAAAAAAGAGAAGGAAAAAAAUAGUAAGAAUAAGUCAAUAUACGUGGAAAAGCAAUCGAACCCAACGGACAACAAAUUGCAGGCACGUUUAGAAAAGGAUCCCCCCAAAAAAGCAGAAAAAGGUGGGGGAAAAAGUGGGAAAAACAGUGUAGAAAAAGGUGCAGAAAAAAGUGUAGAAAAAAGUAGGAAAAAAAGUGUAGAAAAAAAAGCGGAUAAAAGAUAUUCCCGAGAUGAAGGGAAAGUUGAAAAGAAUAGAAAUGUAAAUUUUAAACAUUAUGAAACUGGAAAAAAAAAAGGGAAAUUUUUAUGUUGUUUUUGUUGUGGAGGUAAUGAAGAAGAAUUAGGCGAACUACAAGUUGGAUAUGAAGAUGAUGAUUAUGAAUUAAAACUAUUGAAUAAGAAAAGACAAUUAUUGGAAGAAGAUGAAGAAGAAACAAAACGAUUAAAGAUGUUAGAGGAAGAAGAGGAAGAAAAAAGACGAUUAAAAAUGUUAGAGGAAGAAGAGGAAAAUAAAAGAUUAUUAAAACUGAUAGAAGAAAAAGAAGAAGAAAAAAGAGAAUUACAAAUUGGGGAGGAAGAAAAAGAAGAAGAAGAUGAAAUAAUAUCCCCGAAAAAAAAAGGUACUCUUCUAAUAAAUAAAGAUAUGAAAGGUAAAUUAUUUACUAAAAAAAAAGCAAAAUUAAAUUUUCUUGGAGCAGCAGCUGCACCUAGCCCACCCGAAGAAAAAUAUUGUAUAGGCCCUCCACCAGAAGUAAGAAAAACAAAAAUAAAUUUAAAUAAAGGUAUAUAUUUAAUUUAUAAUAAUGAAAAUAAUGGUCAACUAGAAAUACAUUAUUCUAAAGAUGGAAUUGAAGGACGUGGAGUAUUAGCAUAUAUAUCAUCAGAAAUAAUUCCUGAUUUUUAUUUUGAUACAAAACAUUCCAAACAAAUUAUAUUAAAAAAUAUUUCUAUAAAAAUGACAAGUAUAUAUUAUAAUGAUUUAAAACCUUAUUAUGAAUGUUAUAUAGAAUUUAUAAAAUUAAAAAAAAAAUUUAAUGGAACUUUAUAUUUUCUACCUGCUUUUGAGUCUCAACCUCCUCCUCAAUUAGACAUUAUUUUUUUUGAUACCCGAGAAAAAAAGCUAAACUAUGCCCCUAUAGAGAAACCGGUCGAAUUCGCUGGAGAUAUUAUUUUUGUUAUACAGAAAGGGUUGGACAUAUUUAAAGAAGAAGUCGAAAUUGAUAAAUUGUGUAACUAUAUGAAAUGUUAUGGGGCUUUGUUAAAUUUGUCUUAA